GGGCAGAGGUGGUAUAAACCUUCGAAAUCGGCCCAGGCUCACAGAGGCUGCGGGAUGGAGCCGGUGGCAGGAGCCAACCUGCUGCUGCUGCUGUGGGCCACGUGCUGCGGAUAUGCACGAACAGAUGGGAUGAGACGCUACACGUCGGUCAUCAAGGUGACCAACGGAGGCCCUUGGGGUGACUGGGCCCAGUCCGAGAUGUGUCCUGUCGGAUUCUUCGCCAGCGGGUUCUCGCUCAAGGUGGAGCCCCCACAAGACUUGUUUGGCGACAACACGGCUCUGAACGGGAUCCGGCUGCAUUGCAAGCGAGGAAAUUCCAAGGGCAACACGCACGUGGUGGAGUCCGAGUCUGGAAGGUGGGGCGCGUGGAGUAAGCCGCUGUGGUGUCCCGGCGGCGGCUUCCUUGUGGCUUUUUCGCUUCGCGUGGAGGCACCCCAGGACCUUGGGGACGACACAGCUGCGAACAACGUGCGCUUCCGCUGCUCCAAAGGCGCGGUGCUGGCGGGGCGUGGCCUGGCCUGGGGAGACUAUGGAGCCUGGAGCAACGCAUGCCCUAAAGGCGUGUGCGGCUUGCAGACCAAGAUCGAACCGCCUAGAAACAUCCUCGAUGACACCGCGCUUAACGACGUGCGCUUUUUCUGCUGCCAAAGUUGACAGUGUAGCCACCCUCUGCUUGGCCCCCAGCCUAGUCCCACCUCCCGCUAGUAAAGCUUCUCUGCCUUGGC